UUUUAUACAUAUGAAGGGCGUGGUCUCAAGUUUAUGAGGAGAAAAAUAUUAAUGGGUUCUAAACAAUUGUGAUCAGAUGUCCAAGGCAACCAAGAGAAAGCAUGUCACUAAGGAGGUCCUAGAAGAGUAUGCAUCUCCAGUGGGAAAUCAGAGUAUAGUCAAGGUGGUCGGUGGACGAGGUAACAACUUGCACGAGGUGGAAACCGUGGACGGAGAAUCCUACCUUGUAUCAAUGCCCACUAAAUUCCGAAGAAAUGUGUGGAUAAAGAGAGGAGACUUCGUUAUCGUGGAACCUAUUGGUGAAGGGGUGAGAGUUCAAGCGGAAAUUAUUAAUAUUUUGUACCCUAAGCAAAUUAAGGAGCUCGUUAAAGAUGGUGUAUGGCCAGCAAAGUUUGCUCGUACUCCGUCCCCCCCACAAGUGCCCCCAUCACGACACUCAGAGGAAUCAUCGGAUGAUUAUGACGACGAGUUGUUUGUGAACACUAAUAGACCUUGUGUUGAGAGCGAUGACACAGACUCUGAAUCAGACAGCAACAAUGAAUCAUAAUUUUUGUGCGUUUUAUGUGUUUCUGGUGAUCCAUCUGCGACUAUAAUUUUCUAUAAUUUUUUCUGGUUGUGA